AUUAUGAUAAUCGCGAUAAAUCGAGAAUUUUUUUUUUUUUUGUGAAAUGACCUCUUUUUUUUUUUCUAGAAAAAAGAGAAAAUUCAAAUCACGGUCUAUUUAAGUAAUGCAGGCUUUUACACGACAAAGUUAUUUACUAAAUGGAGGCUCAAAAAUAUUGAAUUUUCAGAUUCAAUUAAUGAAAAGAAGUUUUACUAGUACAAAUAUUGCCAGAGAUGCGGCUGCUCAAGAAAGUAGUAGUAGUUCAACAAAGAUAGGAACAUCUGUACAGCCAACGAGAAAACCUAUCGGCGGGUUCCGUGGGGGUCUAAUUGGGUUUUUAGUGGGUUUAACUAUCGCAGGAGGAGCAGGAUACCAUUAUCUUUUAGAUGAAUAUAAUACAGCAUCUAAACUUUUAUUAAGUUCUGUCGAAGAACUUCAAAAGUCCACCAACAAGGUUCGUGAUUAUACUCGAAAAAUUGAAAGAGUCGAACUGGAAUUGAAAGCUCUUCAAAUGAGUGCUGCUACAAUAGACCAAAUUAAAGAAUUAAGGGGUGAAGUUCGGCAAUUAUACGAUUCCCUCCACAUAGAAGAUCUCGAAUUAAAGGCUUACAUAUAUGGUAUAGAACAAGAUGUUCAAGCUAUUAUGAAAAAAGUUAAAUAAUUCAUAAUAUUUAAAAAAGGAAAAAUAAAUAAAAAAAAAUCAAAUAAAAUGAUUUUUCAUAGAUGGCUAUUAAUAAUUAUUUAUUAGAG